AGUGAAAGUUCCUCACUGAGUAAGUGGGGCUGACUCUUCCCUGCCUCUGGCUCUUGCCUUCCAGUGCCAUGCAGGUGCAGGAUGCAACCAGGCGGCCCUCAGCCGUGCACUUCCUCAGCUCCUUUCUCCAGGGCCGCCGGCACUCCACCUCAGACCCAGUACUUCGGCUGCAGCAGGCCGGGCGGGGCUCUGGCUUGGGCUCCAGCUCUGCCACGAAGCUUCUGUCCUCGUCCUCUCUCCAGGUGAUGGUGGCUGUUUCCUCAGUCAACCAUGCAGAGGGAAACCCAACUUUCCCUGAAAGAAAACGUAAAGGAAAUUUAGAACGUCCAACACCAAAGUACACAAAAGUCGGAGAGCGCUUACGGCACGUCAUUCCUGGACACAUGGCGUGUUCCAUGGCGUGUGGUGGUAGAGCUUGCAAGUAUGAGAAUCCAGCCCGCUGGAGUGAGCAGGAACAAGCCAUUAAGGGGGUUUACUCAUCCUGGGUCACUGAUAAUAUACUGGCCAUGGCCCGCCCAUCCUCUGAGCUCCUGGAGAAGUACCACAUCAUUGAUCAGUUCCUCAGCCAUGGCAUAAAAACAAUAAUCAACCUCCAGCGCCCUGGUGAGCAUGCUAGCUGUGGGAACCCUCUGGAACAAGAAAGUGGCUUCACAUACCUUCCUGAGGCUUUCAUGGAGGCUGGCAUUUAUUUCUACAAUUUCGGAUGGAAGGAUUAUGGUGUAGCAUCUCUUACUACUAUCCUAGAUAUGGUGAAGGUGAUGACAUUUGCCUUACAGGAAGGAAAAGUAGCUAUCCAUUGUCAUGCAGGGCUUGGUCGAACAGGUGUCUUAAUAGCCUGUUACUUAGUUUUUGCAACAAGAAUGACUGCUGACCAAGCAAUUAUAUUUGUGCGGGCAAAGCGACCCAAUUCCAUACAAACCAGAGGACAACUCCUCUGUGUAAGGGAAUUUACUCAGUUUCUAACUCCUCUCCGCAAUAUAUUCUCUUGCUGUGAUCCCAAAGCACAUGCUGUCACCUUAGCUCAAUAUCUAAUUCGCCAGCGUCAUCUGCUUCAUGGUUAUGAGGCACGACUUCUGAAACAUGUGCCAAAAAUUAUCCACCUAGUUUGCAAAUUGCUUCUGGACUUAGCGGAAAACAGGCCAGUGAUGAUGAAGGACGUGUCCGAAGGACCUGGUCUCUCUGCUGAAAUAGAAAAGACCAUGUCUGAGAUGGUCACCAUGCAGCUGGAUAAAGAGUUACUGAGGAAUGACAGUGAUGUGUCCAACCCGCCUAACCCCACUGCAGUGGCAGCAGAUUUUGACAAUCGAGGCAUGAUUUUCUCCAAUGAGCAAGAGUUUGACCCUCUUUGGAAAAGGCGGAAUGUUGAGUGCCUUCAACCCCUUUCUCAUCUGAAAAGGCGGCUCAGCUACAGUGACUCAGAUUUAAAGAGGGCCAAGAACCUCCUGGAGGAAGGGGAGCCUCCACAGACAGUGCCUGUCCAGGUCUUGGUUGGCCACAACCCCAGGCAGCAGAAGCGCAUAAGCCAUUGUUACAUCCCACAGUCUCCAGAACCAGACUUACAUAAGGAAGCCUUGGUUCGCAGCACACUUUCUUUCUGGAGUCAGUCUAAGUUUGGAGGGCUGGAAGGGCUCAAAGAUAAUGGGUCACCAAUUUUCCAUGGACGGAUCAUUCCAAAGGAAGCACAGCAGAGUAGAGCUUUCUCUGCAGAUGUUUCAGGCCCACACAGCCCUGGGGAACCAGUUUCACCCAACUUUGCAAAUGUCCGUAAGGAUCCAAACCCUACUCACCAGCAAGUGUCUCACUGUCAGUGUAAAACUCAUGGUGUUGGGAGCCCUGGGUCUGUCAGGCAGAACAGCAGGACACCCCAAAGACCUCUGGACUGUGGCUGCAGUCCGAAAGCACAGUUCUUGAUUGAACAUGAAACCCAGGACAGUAAAGAUCUGGCUGAAGCAGCUUCACACUCUACAUUACAGUCUGAAUUGAGUGCUGAGGCAAGAAGAAUACUGGCGGCCAAAGCUCUAGCAAAUUUAAAUGAAUCUGUAGAAAAGGAGGAACUAAAAAGGAAGGUAGAAAUGUGGCAGAAAGAGCUUAAUUCCCGAGAUGGAGCUUGGGAAAGAAUAUGUGGCGAGAGGGACCCUUUCAUCCUAUGCAGCUUGAUGUGGUCUUGGGUGGAGCAACUGAAGGAGCCUGUAAUCACCAAAGAGGAUGUGGACAUGUUGGUUGACAGGCGAGCAGAUGCCGCAGAAGCACUGUUUUUAUUAGAGAAGGGACAGCACCAGACUAUUCUCUGUGUGUUGCACUGCAUAGUGAACCUGCAGACAAUUCCCGUGGAUGUGGAGGAAGCUUUCCUUGCCCAUGCCAUUAAGGCGUUCACUAAGGUUAAUUUUGAUUCUGAAAAUGGACCAAUAGUUUACAACACCCUGAAGAAAAUAUUUAAGCACACGCUGGAAGAAAAAAGAAAAAUGACAAAAGAUGGCCCUAAGCCUGGCCUCUAGCUUUCCCUCGUGGUGAAUAUUUCAGACCUAAAGAUCCAGAUAGUAUCUCUGUUCAUAUGUGAAUAAGUCGAAGUUUGUGGGGCUACUUUUUCUCAUAGCACUUUAUUUUGAAUGUUGUUGAUUUGUGCUGAGAAUGGUCGUCCCUAUUUGAACCAAUUAUUUAUUUUUAAAUAUCCUUGAGCUACAUUUUUGUUUUGAAAAAUUGCCAUAAAUUUGGUGCCACUUUCUUUAUUUGACUGAGUUAAUAUUAUUGCAUUAACAUUUUAAGUAUAUGGUGUUUACAUUCUUAUUCCUUUUGACGUUUUGGAAAUAAUCAUAACUUGUCUUUCCAAAAUAACCAUUUUCUUGAUGGAACUCUUCCUCGAGUUUUUACCAAAUAGCUAACUUCAGUAGUAAAACCUCCUUGUGUGUCCAUUCCCCCACAAAUGAACUAAGAAAGUCACCAAGUGUCUUAAGCUGUUUUAUAUUUGUUACGAAGAAGGCUAUUGCUAUAAUAUUUUUAAAGGGUCUUUUUUAACUUUGAAAUUUUUUGUUUUUCCUUUUCUUUUUAUAAAUGUAACAGAGGGUUUCAAAGCAUAAUAUUUUUCAGAGAGAUUUAGUUUUACUUUAAUGGAGUGACCGUGAAGUGGUUGGGAUUUUUUACUUGUAGAAAGUAGACUUGCUCUUUGUCAGAUUUCCAAACAACCUUGCCAGCCUUGGCUGUCAAAAGGAGGCAGGAGCAGUUCUCAACACACCAAGCCUUAUUCCCACUCCCUUGGGUUGCUGCUAAGCCAAAUAGCAUCUUUACAAAAAGGAAGUGGGAUCAGAGGCAGGAAGUGUGGGAAGUUGCUAAGAAGCAGGGCUUGCCUCUGUCCUCCCAGGGACUCCACAGGGACAUUUGUGCAGGGCAGGGGCUCUGUGCCAGCCCUACUCUGUGAGGUGCCACAGCCACUCUGCAGAGGUGACUCUUGGAGCUGGAGGAAGUCAAGACUGGGCCACUGUUUGUGCUGAUGGUGUAUUAGCAUGAGCAGUGUGGCCCUGGCCCCACACUCCCAAAUCUGCCACUCCGUAAACCCACUUGCCUCAAGGUUCGAUACUUGGCUGCUUUCUUACAAUGAGAAUUAAGAUUUUUAAACUGAAGUUGACCAUACAGGUUGCAUUAGCCCUAACUGGCUUCAUGUAAGAAGGGUGGCUGCCUAGACUAGUUCCUUGUAAGCUGAACCAUCAAUUAGCAAUUGAAGCCAUACUUUUAUUUAAAUUAAUAUGUGGAGAUACCAGAGGCCAAGCCACAGAGAGGAUAAUAGUUUUUCCCAGUAAAGGUGAUAUUAAUCAGACUAAUUUCAAACUAAAGAAGUUACUACCUAAAGACAGAAUUCAGGGGAAGCAAGACUCAUUUAGAACAAAUGAAAUUUCUCCAGUCCUACAUUUCUGAAUUAACCUCUAGCACAUCAAAAAUAUUUCAGUCAUUAUCAGUCUCACUAACUCUAAUGCCAAAUGCUAAAUGCAGCGUUCUUUCACACUGUUUUAAUUUUCUUGGGAAAUCAAGUCCAAUGGAUGUUAAUUAAGUGGGUUGCCCAUCCUCUUUAUGACGGCAUUAAGAGAGCACUGUGCUGUCAAGUGCCUGGCCUGGGAAAGAAGGGGAAGAAACAAUUGCAUUUUAUCCAAAGGUACACUAUAAAAAUACAGUUUUUACAAAAAAAAAAAAGAUGUUUGUUCUCAUCUCAGUUGGCCUCAUUUGGGCAAGUGACCCACAGGUCUUUUGGCGAGUUCGCUAUUUGCCUGUUGAAAUACUUGUUUCAACUUAGAGAACAGUUAUGAUGUGACCUUAGCAUUGCACGACUAAAAUUCUAAGCCUGAAACUUGAAAAAAGAGAUAUGACAAGGGAAAUUAAUCAGGCUAUAUAUAAGUAUUGUAUUUAUUUGAAUAAAAGCAAAAAGAACAACCCAUAAUCCUAGUCUUGUACUUCUUUACCUUGAUGCUCUAGGACAUCUGAUGAUAAAGACAAGGUUUUGCUCUUAGAUUUUCCUGACAGGCAGAUUGAGUUGUCGGCUGAGUCACUGAGCCAAGCUCUAGUUAGUGCAGACUCCUUCCGUCAGUUCAGCAUGACCAAACACUGGGGGGCUGGGAUAGGUGAGUUCUAAGAGGAAUAGCUGAGGAAAAUCUCCAAGCCGACAAGAUUCCUACUUUCCCAUAUUUGGAUGAGGAGUUCUUUGUAGCCCAGAGGACAGAAAUCUCACCUAUUGGGAGAAGUGAUAAGGUUGAAAAAUUCAGUUCAACAGAAAUAGGAAGGUUAAGGGCACACACAUAUUAAGAACUUACCAUGGGCCAGCCGUAUCCGUUACCUCGCUGAAUUAUCUUAACAGAGAGAAGUCUUUUUUAUUUCAUUUAUUUAUAUUUAUUUAUUUUUUUGAGAUGGGGGGUCUUACUCUGUAGCCCAAGCUGGAAUGCAGUGGCAUGAUCUUAGCUCACUGCAACCUCCGCUCCCAGCCUCAAGCCAUCCUCCCACCUCAGCUUCCUGAGUAGCUGGGACUACAGGCACACGCCAUCACAUCCGGCUAAUUUUUUUUUUUUUUUUUUUUUUUUUUUUUUGUAGAGAUAGGGUUUUGCCAUGUUACCCAGGCUUGUCUUGAACUCCUGAGCUCAAGUGAUCCUCCCACCUUGGCCUCCCAGAGUCCUGGGAUUACAGGUGUGAGCCACCGCACCUGGCCUGAGAAGUCUUAAUCAUAACUGUAUGACGUGAGAUGUGGAGUCUGAUGGACCCCGUGCUGUGCCCUCCUCUCUGCUCAUGUUAACUGCCUAUGGGACUCUUAACCUGGCAAAGCUGCCCAGUCAAAGUGCCUUCUCAGGGACCUUGAGGUCCCUUUAGCACUAAAUGUUAUGAUGGCAUUAAGAGAGCACUGUGCUGUCCAUAACUUAGUAAAAAUAUUACACAUCUGUCCUCUGGAAAAGGCUGAACCAGCUCUAUUACUAUCAUAUGAUGCUCUCUAGUAUAUCACACUUAGAGGAAGUACAUGAUUUCUUGCCACUAUUGCCUUUUCUUACUUCAGAGAGCUUAAUAAUGCCCUUUGAGACAAAUUGCUGCUGGUGGUAGAGCUCGCUUCAUUUAUUUAUGUAACUCAGAAAAUCUGUGCUGAGUUACUUAGUCAUAUCUUCAACCAGCUUCCCAGCUUCGUCACUCUGGAUUCCAUGAAAACCACCAUAUAUCAGAAUUCAAUAGAGAUAAAGUUUCUCUAUUUUCUCUUAAAUGGAGAAUGCUUGCUGAUAUGAUUGGGUGCUAUUUCAGGCCAGUCUC